GGCGGGAUUAGGUCCUCCAACAACCGACGGAGCUCCGCGGGCGUGGCCGCCAGGAAUAACCGAAAAAUAAAGGCGAUCAACACGGCAGCUCUUGGUACUACGGGAGGAAAUCCAAAACAGUCUAGCUCUUCGUCUACCGCCGGAAGUGCUGCACAAGGAACAAUUCUUGGCGGCACUAGAAUAACGACCCUUUUUGGGCAUCAAGCUGUAUUCCCUGGUGGAGGAGGUGGUUCUAGUGCUAAAACAAAAGAGGAACAUGAAGCAGAGCUCCUUCGAAAAAAAAUCUCGCAGUCCUGGCGGUCUCGAAAGCUGCGGUCGAUCGAGAAUGCCGUGACCCGGGCCUGCGCGCCCUUUCUGGCCCAAUCGCAGGGCCCCGGGCAGCUGCCCAACCCCAAGCCGCCCACCUUCUUCCGGCUGUCAAGCAGCCCGCUGCCGGCACCCGGGGAAAGCCGGACGUCGUGGCUGUUGUGCAGCGAUUUGUUGGACGUCAUCUGCGAACUGAUCGAAACCAUCUUCCUGCUAAUCAUGCGCAUGCUGGAUGCCUUGUUGGUGCAUUUGCUAGACCUGGACCGCCGGAGGAAACUCUACCGCACCAUAAACACGUUCGAGGAUGUGACGAUCAAAGUCUUGGGUCGGGCAGGAGUAAAGAAGAGAAAAAGCAAGAGAAACUACGAGAACGACCGGCGUCUUCGUGCUCGCGAGAGGAGAAGGAAGACAGCAGCAGGAAAGCAAGGCAACAAAAACAGUACUCAAAAGAUGACGAAUCAUGAAAAUAAACAGGACCAUGGUGGAGCUAUGAAUAGAAGCACAAGGACAGACAGAGAUGAAGAACCCGGAGACAAGCACAGGGUCAAUCGUGGUAAAAUAAAUGUUGGUCGUCUUGGCUCGAGGGCCUUUGGAGGCUCCAGCAGCGACGAGAAAGCAGGCUGCACAUCAGCAAGCAGCGACAGCCGCAGCGCAAAUCGUUCCUCAGACACUGAAGCAAGUUCUUCUGAUGUCGACGGCAUGACGAGCUCGUCCUCGGGCGAAGAUGAAGGAACAGGAAGUUCUUGUAAAAUUAGCGACUCAGAAGAUGACUCAACAGCCCCUUCUUCAAUUGUGGCGCAUUCCGAGCAGGACGACUUUUCGUCCUCUAGCGAGACGAGCACAGCAUCAUUUUCGUCCGCGAGCAGUGAAGCUAGUAAUGACGUGGUGCAGCUUCCCAAAGUCGGACGUCGGGGAAAGAAUGGAAACGUUAAUAAACACGCCCGGAACCGCCACCGCCGCGCGCCGCUGGUGCACAAGAUGGUCAUGCUCGACGGCAGCGACAUCAAGGAAAGGAGCUUGUUUCAUCGUGCACCAAAGUCGAAUAUUGAACAACCUGGGAUGAAGCCAAAUACUGAACUUACGCCCACAUCUACUAGUGAAGAAAUAAAGCAGCAACAGAACUCCUGCAGGACUCAGAGUCGUGGCCACCAGCAGGCAUCUCCACCACAGCACCCGGGCUACGAUUUUCACAGGAUGCUGGACAACUCUUCGCCGGACUGGUGGCUCAGCAACUACCUGAAGCAACGGGCGGGCGACAAAAAAAAGCAGCGCAUUUCGGAAGACCAGCAGCGGGACGUAGGUGGUGGUGGUACUAGUAGUUCUAAUGCAAAAUCGACCGAGGGGGCAGGUACUACUUGUACCACGCAUGGACACCACGAUGCGCAAAACCACAACGCAACUAGUUCUAGUCCGGGCUCCACAUCCUCGUCUUGUGGCACGCCCAUGCAAAACAACACGACGGCUUCUAAUGUGUCCACCGGCGGAGGUCCUCCGGGAAAGACAUCCAAGGCAAGCUCUAGAAGUACUGGCGCGGCGUCUACCUCUUCUAUGUCUACCCCUCCGGGCGCCGGCGCCACUACGGCUGGCCCUGGAACUUCUACGGGAGGUGGUGUAGUAACAAGUGGAGCGAAGAACUCGGUUGUCACGACUUCUCGGAACAAUUCCAAAAAUAAAAGGAACAACGCAGGAGGAGGAGCGGCGAGCAAUGGUUCAUCUUCUGGCUCAACAGGUUCUUCGGCAAGCGGCAAUACAAACUCCGUGACCACUUCCGCAGAAACCGCAGAUGUUUCAUCGACUGCCGCCCAAAUAAACCCGCCGCCGCAAUACAACCGAGACGACGUCGCGGAUGUUCUGCAUUUCCUGGCCAAGGGAUGGUGGGGACGCCGGCUGUUGGAGCAGACCGUGAACUACCGGUCCAGUACCAUCAAAGACCGGAAAAAGAACCUACCAGCCGGCGAAGAACAAAAGGCGGAAACAUCAAGUAGAAACUGGUUUUCGCCGGAAAUACAAGGGUCCAAAUUUCUCCACAAAAUGAACGACCUGGCCGAGCGAGAAAGGAAACGGAAGGCGACGAAGAAGGAAACUGUUGACAGAAAUAACAACAACUGCUAUGCUGCAUCGGUUGGCACCACCAGCGCGUCGGGACUGGUGGUGGAUGACGAUGUAAGAAAGAAUUCUCAGAAUAGGAGCAGCGGUGAUCAUGGUGGUCACCAAAAGCAAAACGGCGAUAAGGAUUUACUACAGGGACGAAAUGAUGCCGCUUGUAGAAGUAGCGGCUUAACAUCAGGACGAGCACGAGGCAAAGACUCGGCUGCUACUUCGAGCAGCACUAGCGUGAAGUCGACCUCGACACCGCCAGGAGAAGACGCGACUGUUGACACGGUGAAUGAAAAAACAAGCGCGACAGCCAGAAACGGGACCACAGGUAGAGAACCAGGCCAAGCAGGAGCAAGUAAAUCUUUUCUGGGGAACAUGAACAAACGUCGGAAAAAGAAGAGCAAAAACUGCGCCGAUAGCACGACCUGCAACAGCAAUAGAAGCCAGGGCGAGGAACAAGCCAGUUCGUCUGAAGUAGAGUCAGUAUGACGGUGCACAACUCCCCCUCCCCCUCAUUUGUCAUGCAAAAUACCUAGUCCACCCUUUGCGUUUGCCUGUUGGCAUUGUUUGCAUGACAAGUUCUGGUAGCCCAAAUAGCACUACACUCCAGUGCAAAUUUGUCAUGCAAAACCGGCACUCUUGCUGGUGCUUGUAUUGCCGUUCAUGCUAUACAAAUGAGGGGGAGGGGGAGUUGUGCACUGUCAUAGUCAGUAGAAUGCUACUACGAAGCCUGGCAGCCGGUCGCCCCCUCGUUGAAAGAGCUGUUGCACUACAACCGCCGACUGGUAUCAACUGCAAAACCAAAAGUAUCGUACUCGUACAAAUGCAAGUCUUGCAUUACAAAUCUUGUUUCCAAGGCAAAUCUGCAUUACAAAUUCUAUUUCUCACGCUGGGUAAAUUUGUAAUGCAUUUAUACGAGUACGAUACUUUUACUUUUUCAAUGCAUAACUGGAAGCGGAGUGCAAAUUUCUGGAACAAGCACCCAUGACGGCGGAAACGUUUGGCGAGGAGAAGGUUUAUUUCCAUCACGGUCAAGAUCAACUCCAGCACGGUGGUUCUUCUUCUAGUACUAGUACUGGUUUGCCAACAAGGACAUCUGCUGCGUCGAAAGAUGAACCACCUCAAUCACAAUUGGUCGACAACAGUAAACUCUUCGACACUCUUGUCGGAAAGCAAAUUUACUACCACAAGAAGAAGCGAUACUUGGAAAAGGUGGCGCCGUUUUUACGCAAUGAGGCAAACAGUGGGAUAAGUAACUGCAGCGCGAAUCCUGUCGGUCCUUGCCAUGUUAAAGACGACCCGAACAACCGCUCUGAAAAUAAUAGCACUCGAUGCGCAGCACCUGAGGAGUCACAACCUCCAGGGGGGGGCGGCCUCCAGGGGGGAGGACACAACGCAGGCUCCGGCAACAAGGGCGGCGCAGCGACAACUACAGCUACAACAUCUAAUAGCAAACAAAAAAAGAAGAACAAGAAUAACAAAGCGGACAGCAAAAACAAUAGGCAAAGCCAGAACUCUACUGCUUCGGGGACGACGAGUUCUGCAACGUCAAGUACAAAUGGACGCUGUGGUGCUAGUAAUAUCAUGGGCUCCUUGGUAGAUAACCAGGAUAAAUCUUUCUUUUCUGCUGGAACUCCCGUUGGCAGCACGGCGUCGCCCCUGAUCUCCUCCGAUCCAAAAGGCAGCGGCGGUUUUCGCAUCGACGAAACAAGCCUCGCGAGGAAACUUGUCGACCAAAGCUUGCAGUUCUUAAAGUUCGAGCGCGUAAUAAAAGAUGAACUAGAUUGUAAGGCUGGAUAUUUUCCAAGAAGAACAACUCAACUGCCCCCGAGGAAAAAGCGCAGUAGGCAACAUCACGGCGCGCAAUAUGAAGAACAUCAAGCCCACGGUAAAAAUGAGCAGUCAAGCGAAGAAAGAAAAGAGUGUACCAGUCCCAAAAGAAGUCGUACUGCCGCAAUUUCAUCUUCUAGGAGCUCCUCAACCCCAGGAACAAGUACAACGCCCGGGAGCUGCUCGCGUAAUAUCGGGUCAUCUCCCCAGGUGGAGGGAGAAGGAACAGGGAUACAGGAAAUGAGCCUUGGUGACGUCCAGGAUCACGAGGACCAGUACUUCUACAGAAGUCUUCUACACGAGAAUUGCACUUCUUCACUGUUUCUGGAAGUUGACAUUGUUCCGUCAUCACGAGCGCGAGAUCUUCAAGACGAAGGUCGUUCCUCGCUGCCAGCAUCCUCGCAAGGAGAUCCUUCCCGCGAAGGUGGAGUUCCAGAUUUCGGCGCAACUAUGGAAGAAAACAGCACUACCACGGAAGCAGGAGCAAGCAUUUCGAAAAUAAAGGGUGUCCAGAACAGUGCUGGGGCACCAGCUCGCGGCGUUGAGGCCGCACAGGAGGACCACGAAAGUAACAACGGUCGCCGCCAGGGCCAUGACCAUCCGCCACCUGUUCUUUCUGGUCUGCGUGAUGGCGACGAGCUGGAGAACAAAAUCAAUAUUCCAGUGCAGCUACCUUGUGAAGAAGACCAUCAAGAUCGCAACCCGACACGACCGCCGCUCCUCCUCCCACAAGAACUCCGAUUUGUGGCGAAUCCCUCCGGCACCCCGGGCUUUUUGGACGCCGCGGAUACGAGUGUCGAUUGCACGCUUGGGAAACUUUUAUCGAACUUUUUCGUGUCGUUCUUUGGUAGCAAGAACACGGCUUCGCGUGAAGGACCUGGCGCAGGAGGAGGUUCUACUUCUGGUCUGAACAAGGUGCAGCAUUUUUUCGUGAGCCAAGACGGGUUGAGUAGACUGGGCGCCAGUAGAGCUGGCAGACGCAGUGCCAGUACGGCACAUCAAACGACUGGUGCGGGGGCCGGCGGAGGAAAGACGAAAAUAAGUUUAUUUCAGAAAAGUAGACAACACCAAGACGAAACUGCAACUUCGACGGUCGUGAAAAAUGCACACGAGCAGGGAGGCAGUAGUGCGAUUAUCCAACCACCCGAGCGGCAAAUUCACAUCUCCAGGGUUGCCUACGAUUUGGAGCGAACCAAGGUAGCUCGGCAACUCUUGACUCCCGCCCGAUUGCUCACGACGGAAGUGGUUGCGGCCCUUGCAGAAUUACUGCGAGCAGCGUCUUUGUGUAAUUCGGCUGGUCGGAUCGACACGAGAACCAGCAGCAGCAGGAAGGAAAUUCUGGUGUGCAUCGAAUCCGAGGCAUAUCAUGGUUCUAGCACUAGGAACAACGGUUUGGCAAAUAAAGCAUCUCCUUGUGGUCCCUCACCAGAACAAGGUUCCGGAGCCACACCGGCCAGCCAACAUCCUCACCAGAAGAAGUGUUUUUUUCUGACCGCGGAUCAGGUCCUUGCCGUGGCCGCCUCGCCCCCGGUGGCCUCCGGGUGGCCGUCUGCACAGGCGAAGCGGGACGCCGCGCAGCGGCACAAGCUGUUGCAUCUGUUUUCCAAGAUGAACGUAUGAGAGUGCACAACUCCCCCUCCCCCUCAUUUGUCAUGCAAACUACCAAAUCCACCCUUUGCCUCGUGGCACUGAUUGCAUGACAAGUUUUGGUAUUCCAAAUAGCGCUACACUCCAGUGCAAAUUUGUCAUGCAAAACCGGCAAGAUUGCUGAUGCUUGUAUUGCCGUUCAUGCUAUACAAACGAGGGGGCGGGGGAGUUGUGCACCCUCAUAGAACGACGCGGUUGGUGUUCAGAUUUUCCUCGUCGAGGAGAGUGAGAAAGCGGUGGUGGUCGCGAAAAUUCUGGACAAAUGGAAAUGCAGCAGUAGUUCAAAUGGAAAUGGAAAUGCAGAAGCUGAAGCUGCAGGAGAACGAAAUAAUAAAACCGGGUCGUUUGUUGUAGACCACGAAAGAAACCAAGAGGAGCUACAGGGAGAUAUGCGCUUGCGAAUGACCGUGUCAAGAGCUGUUGGUUGUUAUGAUUUCUCUGACGCAGUGGGGGCGGCGGCGGGGGAAUGGAGUGCAGAAAAAAAUGCCGACAGUUGUAGUACUUCUUCUCGCCACCAGGUGUUUUUCACUCACGAUCCCGCCAGUCGGCUCAUCAACCCGGAAAUAUGGGUACAGGAGAUUUUCAUUUUUCCAUGGACAAUCAGAAUCAUACUACUCUGCCGCAGUACUAGCUCGCUCUUUCUAGUAGUGGUAGAAAAUCUAGAACUAGAAUUAAAUCUCUCAUCAUGCAUGACGUCGAUGACGUCGACUCAACUACAUGCCUCCUACAAGUACAACACAACAUGUCCAUAUAAAAACUGCGAAUUAACAUUAAAGGAUUAACUUGUUCCCAUCAUCAUACUCAACAGCGCCCGCCCUCGCCAUUCACGGAUUCCUACUGGAACCGAGGUUGUUUUUUCCUCCAACAUUGGGUGCGGUCCGCCGCGCUGCAAGAAGUUGGGAUCCUGGAUGGCGACUCUGACGAGAGUGAUGGCGCCGAGGACAAAAGUAAAGGAGUGUAAGUAGUAUACAUUCAUGGAUGACGUUGACGAUGAUCUAUCAGCUUCAGCGCGGCACAGAUUUUACGUUUGCCAACAGGUCCUGAUACACCCGCAUCGCAGAAGAAGAUGCUACGAAGAACGACAAAGAAGCACAAGCACACCCUACUUCGCGGAAUGGUGAAGCCGAUAGCGAAAUCAUAAUCGACAACGAAAUCAACAUGUAAUCAGAAAAUGCAACCCAAACCCCGCGGAAUGGUGAAGCCGAUAGCGAAAUCAUAAUCGAAAACGAUAAUCAAUAUGUAAUCAGCAAAUGCAACCCAAACCCUCGAUGACUUUGUACAGAGAUGAUCAAUUUCGUUGAAAAAAAAAAGUUUUUUUCUAUAAAGAAGCGCUAACCACAUGUGAUUCACAAGCAGGCUCAAAGUGGCCCCGUCAAACUGUUUUUUUCUUAAAGUAGCACUAGAAAGUAGAAACACGCAAGAAGAAGAAGACACGAUCUUCACCCGGAGUCCGCGUAUCCAUCUGAAUCUGAAACGUAUCCCGUAGAAUCGUAAAAAGAAGGCAAGCCCUUCAACCGGAGACCACGAAUUCACUGAAGACAAACAAGUAGCAUACUGAUAUACAUUUCUGAGGUCAUCUGUGUGAGUCUGGG